AUGAAACAGUUCCCCUUGGAUUUUGAGUUUUUCCAAGACACCAGCCUAGAUGACCUCCUUUCGGUUCAUGGGUUGAGGAUGGCGAGGCAAAGAAACUCAGCUAGGGCAUUCCAAGAAGCAUCGGGGGCAGCCACAGGAAAGUUCGUGACAGUCAAGAUGGACUGUAAUACACCUAGGUGGUUGGCUCUGUUCUUCUCCGGUAGGAUUAGGCAAUAG